CGUUACAACUCGGUAACUAAUCGUUUAUGAUUAUAAUACGAAGAUCUCGACUUAAACAUACAUAGCAAAACAAUGAAAAUAGAAAAACGGGACCUGCAGACAACCUGGAAAGUAUCAUUCAUCUCCGCAAUGCUGCAAUGCUGCUGCAAUGCUGCACUGCUGCUACUAUGCUGCUACUAUGUAGGUACUAGCCUACGAUACUACUAGCCUAUGUACGAUGCCACGAUGCCACCAUUCUGUGGUACAUACCCCAGAUUUUCCCCGAUCCUCCCAGCACACGAGGUCUAGAAGUGUACUAGCCUCUGAUUGGAGCGCAUCUGGGAAACGGAUUCGACGGGGCUCGCAACCAGAAUAAUUUCCUCCACUCAGCAAUGCUGCUUCCCUGCGACCCCGUACCCGCGGGACUGGACCCCUGGAGCUGUCAUCGACCAUUUCGAGUAUUCACCUCCGCGCUGAAAGGAUAUCUCCAAAAUAUGGGGUUGUUUCGUGCGGAGAAUACGGUGGGAGGCUGGGGUAUAUAUGAACGUGGUUCGGCAUCUUGUGCUGGCUCACCGAAUAACGUGUGAUCGGUUUGUCCCUUCUUCUCUUUUAUCUUAUCCUUGGCCCGUAGGAAAAGUAAAUACCAUAGUUUUACAAUAGGGCAUAACACGCCAUCGUCCGUCACGAUGAAGCCUCAUACUUACCAGUUCCUCGUUGGCGUUUUCGCCUCGAUGGGAUCGGUGCUUUAUGGAUAUGAUCUUGGUGUUAUUGCUGGCGUUGUCGGGAGCACUUCGUAUGCCGAAUUGUUCAAACCGACUGAGGCCCAAACCGGAGCCGUCGUAUCGCUAUUCACCGGUGGUGCUUUUUUCGGCGCUAUGUUCGCUGGUCCUGCGGGUGAUUACAUCGGUCGUAGAUUGACCAUCAUGCUAGGCGCCGUCAUAUUCUUGUUGGGUGGAGCCCUCCAGACCGGCGCGCAGACAAUUGAUUACCUGUACGCCGGCAGGGCGAUUGCCGGGUUGGGUGUUGGUUUCUUGACUAUGAUAAUUCGUGAGAAUCCCCUCUACUCUGCCUCUGUCUCAAAAGCCACGAGAAGGUCGUGCUUGAUAAAAAGUGGAACGGUAUACCAGAGUGAAAUAGCACACCCGUCUAUUCGUGGGCGAGUCACUGCUCUACAGCAAUUCAUGCUGGGAAUCGGUGCCUUCGUCGCCGGCUGGGUCUCAUGGGGGUGCUUCAUCAACCUAACCAACGAGGGUCAAUGGCGUAUUCCCUUGGGUAUUCAGAUUCUGCCGGCCCUUGCCCUAGCUGCUCUGAUCCUCCUGUUCCCCGAGAGUCCCCGGUGGCUUGUCGACCACGACCGAGCCGACGAAGGUCUCGCGACCCUCGCGAGGCUUCACUCCAACGGAGACAUCAACGACACGUGGGUUCAGGCUGAGUUCGCCUCCAUUAAGGAUACCGUUAGCUUCGAACGCGAGCAUGAGGCAAAGAGCUACACGGAACUCUUCACUAACCCUUCCGCUUUCCGCCGCCUAUUCCUAGCCAUGGCCAUCCAAGCCGCAACUCAGAUGACCGGCGUAUCGGCGGUCCAGUACUUCUCCGUCACCAUCUUCGCGCAGAUCGGCAUCUCAGCCAACGAGGCGCUCAAGUACCAGGCCAUCAACAACAUCCUGGCGCUGAUCGCGCAGGUCCUCUGCAUGUUUCUCAUCGACAAGUUUGGCCGUCGCCCAACCAUCAUCGCGGGUAACUUGGUCAACUGCGUUAUGUUUGUUAUCGUGACGAUUCUUAUUGCUAUGUUCCCUCCGGCCUCUAACUCGGGGGGUACUGCUGGAUGGGGCUUCAUUAUUGUCACCUGGCUCUAUAACAUUUCCUUCUCCUUCGCCUGUGGUCCGUUAUCUUGGAUCAUCCCCGCCGAAAUCUUCGACACCCACACGCGCAGCAAGGGCGUCUCCCUCGCCACCAUGACCAGCUUCGCCUUCAACACCAUGAUCGCCCAGGUCACCGGCAUCGGCGUCUCCACCCUCGGCUACCGCUUCUUCAUCGUCUUCGCCGUCUGCAACUUCACCAACGCCCUCUUCUUCUACCUCGUCCUCCCCGAGACCAAGCGCGUGCCCCUCGAGCAGAUGAGCUCCGUUGUCUUUGCGCCGGACGCACCUUGGAUUGUUGUGGGAAGCAGGUACAAGAACUUUAGAGCGGCGGCGGCCGAGGCCGCGAGGGAUGUGGAGAAGAAGAAGGAGGUGGUUUCGGCUGUGUGA